AUGCAAGUACUACACGUAAGCUCAGCAGAACGUUGUGCCUUACUAAUCGUCAUGCCCGAAUCCAGCAAUUUUCUCAAUGGUGAGCGGGUUGAUUGGACAAAGGAGUAUAAAGCAAAAGAGCAAGCCAGAAAGCAAGCGGAAUUCGAUUUAGCAGCACACAGAGAGGAAAUGAGUAAGCUGAAAAUCGACCGUAGCUUGGAAGAGAAAUACAGCUUGAAGAAUCUUCCAUCGUACGGAGUAAAAGUUCUGAGGGAAGAUGACAUUGCUUUGUAUCAUAAGAUCAGGUCCGAUGUUGAAAAGGAAUUUGAGCCGAAAUCAUUUGAAAUUGACUACCGAUCUUUAACGAAAUCCGAUUUUCAUGGUCACGUUUUACCAGAAAAACCCAAGCCAGAACCACGGAUGUGCGAACUUGUACACGAGCAACCCGUAACUUUCUGGUCAGAACAUUGCAGAAAUAUUCCGGGAAUGACUCAAAUAGGUUAUGGAGCACGAACGCCGUUUGGUCGCAAUGCUUCCUUCACAAAGCCAAUCGAUCAAUACCUGAAUGGCCCAAUGCCAGGAGAGGCACCCACUUUUCAGCGGUGAUUGAGCAUCUCCCUUAAUGAACCGAUGCUAUGUAACUUACCGCAUAAAACCACAGGAUAUCCUUCAAAAGCUCAGAACUAUUUUCUUGAAUUCGACGAUUUUUCACGACACAUUUGCAAACCAUCUCAUGUGAUGGGUCUGCAAUGCAAAUGAUAUAUUUGCGCUGCUUAGCUCUCAAGAAACCCUAUUUUCUCUGGAGAUGUACGUCAUCUUUAGCCUAUCACUAAUAAACCAAUAGAUUUAUGGCUGGUGGAUGAUUUUGAAGUACAGGCUGUGCGAAUGGACUGUGCCUGUCAAUCUCAAUGUGUACCGAGAUUCCCAUAUUGAUUUGUUAUGUUGUUUCUUGCACACACACACACAGUGUCCGGGAAUAAU